AUCAUACUCUUCAAAAAGUUUGACAUGAGCGCGUGAAAAUGUUGAAGUUUAUUCUGAUCGUGAUUCUAAUUGGUAUUUGUUAUUUCAAAUCAUGGCAAGUCCGCAGACGUUGCAAGGAUGUUCUGAAUUUGCCGGGACCUAAGAACUAUCCGUUUAUUGGAACAAUUCUAGAAUUUGGAAACAAUCCUGUAGAUUUUUUGAAGAACAUGCAACGGUUGUUCGAAGAGCACGGCUCGAUAUUGCGUUUCUGGAACAACACUGAAUACCCGACGGUUAUGAUAUCAGGAGCCAAAUAUAUGGAAAUAAUAUUAGGAUCUUCGGAGCACAUACACAGGACGCGACUCUAUAGAUUCCUGAGGGUUUGGCUUGGAAAUGGAAUUCUGGUGACCGAUGCAACAACCUGGCGAAAGCACAGGAAACUCUUGAAUCCGAUGUUCAGCACGAACAUUUUGAAGGGCUACAUCUCGAUAUUCCAGCGACUUUCUGAUAUAUUAGUUGACAAAAUAAGGGAGAAUGUUUCAGUUCCUUUUGAUAUCUUCCCAUUAAUUAAUUUAUACUCGUUGGAUUUGAUCUGCGAAUCGGCGAUGGGUCAUGAGAUAAAUGCUCAAUUGAAUCCCGAGUUUCAAUACGUAAAAUCCGGUAAAAGAUUCUUCGAGUUGCACUUAUUUCGCUUGUUUUCUCUGGUGAGGAGCAACGAUUUUCUGUACAGUUUCAUGGAUGCCAGCAAAGAACAGAACGAGCACAUCGAGUUGAUGAAAUUGUUCGUGAAUAACGUGAUCAAAGAGAAAAUAGCGAAUUUCCAUGAUGAAGAUUACAACAAACCUAAAGAUAUGAUGGAUUGGUUCCUGAAAAUCGCAAGAGACGGUUAUUUGACCAAAACUGAAAUUAUAAAUGAAGUGGAUACCUUCAUGUUCGGGGGACACGACACCGUUACUUCGGUUCUGAGCAUGACGAUCUUCGAGCUUGGAAAGAAUCAGGAUGUGCAGGAGAGAUUGUUCCAGGAAAUCGAUCAAAAUAUCUCCGGAAAUGAGGAGAUAACGCUUAGUAAAUUAAAUAAGUUGCCUUAUAUGGAAUGCGUCCUUAAAGAAUCCAUGAGGCUACAUACGCCAGUACCUUUCGCGGAGAGGCUUUUACGGAAGGACAUCACCAUUGAUGGAUGUUUGAUACCGGCCAAGACAAACAUUUGCGUGCACUUUCACGGUUUGCACAGGGAUCCUGAAUAUUUUCCCAACCCCGAUCAUUUCGAUCCGGAAAGAUUCACACCGGAGAACAGCGCCAAAAGGAACGAGUUUUGUUUCGCCCCGUUCAGUGCUGGUCCUCGAAACUGCAUAGGAAAAAAAUACGCCAUGAUGGUUAUGAAAUAUACCGUGGUCAAAAUCCUGAAGAACUUUAAGAUUAACCCGGUACCCGGAUUUGAUAUGAUAUUAGGAAAUUUCGCAAUUCUUAAAUCUGUUAAUGGAGUUUUCGUUAAUUUACAUCCUAGGUAAUUAUAUAAUACAAAAAUAUUAGUACAUUAA